CUGGCAGUCAGUGGGAGAGAGGAUUUCCGUACAGACAUGUCCUGAGAGUCACUGUGAGUGGGGACACCAUAACCACCGCGGGCAGCUCUGAUAUGACAUACAGGAUUGUUACUGCUUUACUAACUAUAGUGACAUGGAAACAAAUCCCCUAACCCACAACUAAUGUAUCCACCUACCUUAUAUAGAGACCUACCUUAUAUAGAGACCUGCCUUCUGUAUCCACCUACCUUAUAUAGAGACCUACCUUAUAUAGAGACCUACCUUCUGUAUCCACCUACCUAAUAUAGAGACCUGCAUUAUAUAGAGACCUACCUUCUGUAUCCACCUACCUUAUAGAGAGACCUACCUUAUAUAGAGACCUACCUUCUGUAUCCACCUACCUUAUAUAGAGACCUACCUUCUGUAUCCACCUACCUUAUAUAGAGACCUACCUUCUGUAUCCACCUACCUUAUAUAGAGACCUACCUUAUAUAGAGACCUACCUUAUCCACCUACCUUAUAUAGAGACCUACCUUAUAUAGAGACCUACCUUCUGUAUCCACCUACCUUAUAUAGAGACCUACCUUAUAUAGAGACCUACCUUCUGUAUCCACCUACCUUAUAUAGAGACCUACCUUAUAUAGAGACCUACCUUCCUGUAUCCACCUACCUUAUAUAGAGACCUACCUUAUAUAGAGACCUACCUUCUGUAUGCACCUACCUUAUAUAGAGACCUACCUUCUGUAUGCACCUACCUUAUAUAGAGACCUACCUUCUGUAUGCACCUACCUUAUAUAGAGACCUACCUUCUGUAUGCACCUACCUUAUAUAGAGACCUGCCUUCUGUAUCCACCUACCUUCUAUAGAGACCUACCUUCUGUAUGCACCUACCUUAUAUAGAGACCUGCCUUCUGUAUCCACCUACCUUCUAUAGAGACCUGCCUUCUGUAUCCACCUACCUUCUAUAGAGACCUGCCUUCUGUAUCCACCUACCUUAUAUAGAGACCUACCUUCUGUAUCCACCUACCUUAUAUAGAGACCUACCUUCUGUAUCCACCUACCUUAUAUAGAGACCUACCUUCUGUAUCCACCUACCUUCUGUAUCCACCUACCUUCUGUAUCCACCUACCUUCUGUAUCCACCUACCUUCUAUAGAGACCUACCUUCUGUAUCCACCUACCUUCUAUAGAGACCUACCUUCUGUAUCCACCUACCUUCUAUAGAGACCUACCUUCUGUAUCCACCUACCUUCUAUAGAGACCUACCUUCUGUAUCCACCUACCUUCUGUAUCCACCUACCUUGCUUGUACCUGAGUUAGUGUUAGCUAGGCACCCAUAUUUAGAUAUAUUUAUAGUUCUAUAUUAGGUACUUCUAUUCCAUUUAGGCAUUGUUUGUAAUUAAGCUGAAUGUUUAUACCAGGGGUAGGCCAUCUACGGCACUAGUGCCAUGCACGGCACUCAAGGCUGCUAGAGCCAAACAGGCUCUGGCCUAUCAGGAGUCCCAGUAAAACUUCAAAUAUCUAAUACGAAAAGAUGGUGAAGGACAAUCCUCAAUUUAAGCAUUGCAGCACAUCUCGGCUCACUUCCUCCAAGCACUUGUGAAUGGGAAUCCACACCGUAGUAGAGAAGCCAACCAUACUGCUAGAUAUACACCGAUAUUGUGGAUCAAACCAAGUGUUUAUCUGAGUAUCUGCUCCUUUCCAAAUUGUUAAAAUAAAUGCGUGCACGCUCUGAAGUAAAUCACACUGAGACACAGGUAUCAGGUUAAUGAAAAACUUUGGAAUGUUUACUCGGGGCGGCAAGCCCCCUAUAAAGGCAAAAAUGUAGAUAACAGAGAGAAUACAUCUUUAAUUGGUUAGGUGUUAAGUGUCUUAUCUAAUGCACAUCCUACGAGGCAUGAUGUCACCAUCAUCCUGGGAUUUUACUCCGGAUGUAGGCGCCAUCUUGUUACACAAGGUAGUUAAUCGGUGGGAGGGGGUGCUCUAGCAGCUAUUUUGAGUAGAUAUUGAAUACAGGUAUACACAGUAAAUAGACAUUUUACUAUCACUAAUUUACAUUCAUAACACAGAAAUGAAGAAUAACCCUCCCCUUAUACAAAUAAUACAAACAGCCCACACACAAACAUACACACAAUCUGCACAAACGUAACCCGCUAACAAUCCGCAUACAUGCACACAACCCCACAUGCAGCCUCUCACAUUCAAUACCCCAAACAGCCCACACACACUACCAAACACGCAAUGUGACAUAUCCAUCCACACACAAUUCCACAAGCAGCCCUCAUACACAGCCCACAUUCAUAUGCAUCAUACACAAUACCAUAAACUACUAAUGAACAUAUACAAUAUAAUAGCUUAUAUACGCACAAAUACAAUGAUGCAAAGCAACUGCAGUAAAAAUAACACAAGCAGAAUACGUCAGCAUACACACCUCAAUUUAAAAAAAUAGGACCGGCAUGCUACGGGACUUCACAAUCCUAUAUCGGCACAGUGCUGCUAAAAGGUUGCCUACUCCUGGUCUAUACGGUGCCCUAUGCUUAUGUUUUCCUAAUAUUCCAUUUUGUCAUUAUUUGAACUUGGGCUAAGUGUGUAUAUUUUGAUCAUCAUCUUUAUUCUUUUGCUUUUGGAAGUGCUUGCAACCAGCAACAUUAGAGAGUGUAGGGUACACUGUAGGCAAUGUUAUCACACAUUAAGGCUUUUUAAAUCAGAAUAAGCUGUCUGUAAGCUUACCUUCUUUUUCAGUCUGAUUUUUAUUUAUUUUUUUAUUUUUAAUAUUGGUUGGCAAACGAACCUACUGUGUCUGAUAACAGACUAACAGAUGUUUUCCCAUAAUGUACGGUGUCGAUACAAUUCAAUAUUAUUCUCUGACAGUUGGCAGAUUGUGAGGAAAUCUAAAGACAAAACGUGAACCUCGCACUUGCUUUCACGAGGGACCAUUCAUUAUCUGUGCUGUAGAGGGGUUGGAUAACGCAGACCUGAAGGGAUUGACUUGUUGGUAUGCAAAGCCACUGUGUCAGGUAGAGUAAAGUUUAUUAUUAUUUUUCUGCCUAGUUAGGACUUGUUAUGUAAUGUUGCAACUAUAUUAUACCAAGUGAUGUGAGCAGUAUGACCGCAAUAUAAUUUGAGUGUUUUGUAAAGAUAAAAUCUUUAUAAAUUACUCCUAAUAAUUGCAUGUACCCUGAAAUCAAAAGAUGUGACACAGUAUGGACUAUUUUGUUUUAUCUAGAAGCCUUAAGUUGACAAAAUAAUGUUUUGUCCAUUACCACAGCCAAAUAGAAACUUGUAAAGCCAUCACUAUGUGACUGUUGACAUCAAUGGCAUUAUCUACCACUGUAAGGGUUUAUUCACUGAACACUGAAAGUUAGUGAAUUGAAAACUGGAUUGUAAAAAUAGCCAAGCAGUGAGUGUAGCCAAAUUGGAUUAUUUUUACAAUUCUAUUUUUAAUUCACUACAGUUGUGCUUUCAAUUAAUAAUUGUAAUGUGAAGGAGUCUGUAUAGUUUGAGUGUACAUACUCUGUCAUGGUGCCAUCUCAUGGGAUUUUCAUAGGGCUUGAUUUUUUUUUAUUUUAUUUUUUUGUACACCUGCAAUAAUUAAAUGGCUGCAAGAAUCCCUGGUAAGCGAUAUUUUAGAGAGAGAAUGGCAGUGCUGUUGAAUGCAGGUCUUUGUGUAAGUAUAGACUAACUUAAUUUACCAGCCCCGAAGUUUAAAUUAUUUACAAAGAGGAGACUUCUUUAUAGUGAUUUGCUUUUUGUUUUUUCCAACAAUGCAAUGUAACCUAUCAACAACUGGGGAUAAAAUUAAUACGCAGGUUCAGAGCUUUAGAAAAUCGAUAAAUCGGUAAUAAAUCCUUCAAAAAAACAAUCUACAUAACAAUAAUAAACAUUAUAAUAAUAAUAAAAUGGAUGGUAAACGUGUAUUUUAGCGUAUGUUAUUAUUUGCCGUUUCAUUCAGGUGUGAUUUAGGCAAAACAACUAAAUCAUAUAGUAUUUGUCUUACCUUGAAUGUGGAGGUAAAAGUGUAUUUUAGCGUAUUUUAUUAUUUGGCGUUAGUUAUUUUGCUUAUUGUGCCACUUAAUCACUCCGGAACGAAACGGCAAAUAAUAAAAUACGCUAAAAUACACUUUUACCAACUGGAUAAAACUCACCUUUUAUUUAGAGCUGUCCCAGCCUUCAUUAGGCAGCUGCUUCACCCACUGUGAUAUAAUAUAAUAACUGAUGAUCUCCAGCCCAGGGCAAGUGCUGCUCUCUGCCAGUUAGAUGCUUCUCAAAGAGAAGCGUUAUCCCGUUGCUUCUCUCUGAAGAAAAUUGUCUAGCGUACGGCAUUAUGCUCGGCGUGGUGACCCUGAAAGUGAAUACUAUAACUUUUAUGGUCUUAAAUAGCAAAUACAUCUGCUAGUUCUCUUGGUGACACCCACUUCUCUAACAAAUGUAAACAUUGUCAUUUGUGACAGUUGCAGGGUCUUUGCACCAAAACCACUACAUUAGACUCUACUGGUUUUGCUUCCUAGAGUGCCUCUUUAAAUCUUGUCAUUUCCUUGGCAUAUAUGAAGUAGCACAUCUUAUUCAAGCUGUAAUACACUGAUAGUCCAUGUUCAUCUCUCCAGAUCAUUUACUCUGCAUCUCGUACAAUGCUUGGCAUGCUGACUGAGCAUCAUGGGAAGUGCAGUAUUCUACAGCUGCGUAGUCAAGGUUAUCCACCGCUAACGUGGUAUAAAAUACAUUCAGGGUUGUUAACGCCUUUCUAAUUAUUCUCUACAGGAUUAUAUGCUAUUUAAACAAACUGCACUGUGCUCUCCAAUGCCCCAAAAAGGUAUGUUCUGCUGCUUCUUCGUUAAACCACUGCGUAAAGAUAAUGCUUCCUAGCAUUCUCUGAAGCAGAGCACACGUUUAAUUACUUGCAAUCAAAAUCAGGCACAUUAACGAUGCCACUAUCGUUUAAAGUUGCAAGUGUGGUUUUAGAGAGAUGUAUUUAUUCAUCAAUAAAAUAUAAAUUAAACAAAAAUGAGUGUAUAUUUACUGUUCACCUAAAAGUGAAAACUAUAAUCUUUGAUCCUCAGUAAAAUCCGUAUAUGGAUAUGCUUCAUGCCUGCAGGGUCUAUCUGAUAUUUAAGGGAAAACGUAUUUUCCGAGAUCUUGCAUUACAUGUAAACCUGAUUUAAUUUGUGUUUUAAUAUACACCUUUAUUUUCUAUAUAAGCUGCACAUAGUUACCAAAUAUCACUUUUUGUUUUUUCUCCAAGUCAUAUUUGUCUACUAGAUUAAUGUGUCCCUGAACAGAUAGUAAAUUCUUGUUUCGAACUUAGCAUUCUCUUGGUUGGAACGGAAAAUCGAUCUCUCUGCUGAAUUGUGUAGCUUCAUUAUAACUCUGCUAAUUACAUAGGCAAAAUCUAUCACACACAGAUUAUUUGUGCUGAUAGGAUUUGUUACUUUGUCAUGGGCCUGAAAAGAAAUAAUUGCCGUCAAAUUUGUCUGUGAUUUCUUUAUACAGAUGUGUGCAAUGUCCUUAUGUUGUUCAUGGACCAUUUGGCGUGCAUUAUAAUCAGGCUAAGACUCCCUAAAUUUUGAACCUUCUAUUACCUAGGAACGAAAAGGGAACAGAACUGCACCACUGGUUCCUAUUUGCGCAUGCAGAUGUUUAUUUACUGAACUCCCAGGUGCAGCAAAUUGAUAUCCAAUCCUUAAAAUUCUGAAUUAAACAUCCAAGCUAUGGCUAUCGCAGUAUUGGAUCAUGUUUCCAAAUUUGUUACCAUUCGGAUUUCAUUUGAGAGUUUAGUAAAUAUUCCACGUAUGUUUGUGGCUCCAGAUUUGUUACCAUGGAUGGGAAAAAUGGUCCACCUAUGUGUUCAUUGGUUUUUAAAAUGGCUCUGUUGUAUUUGUUUUAUCAAAGUCCUCCCCACCCCCCCUUCAAAAAAACCUGUCUGCAGAUUGUGUUUAGUGUUUUUGCUAUUUGUUUUUCUUAAUUUUUUCUGCAGUGUUUUAAGAAAUUAAUUUAACCAUUUCCAGAUAACCUGAUUUUAAGGGUGACAGGAAAGCUACAGACUUGAGCUAUAUAUAUAAUGUCCUCAUCUUUCAUCCAAAUGAAAUUAUGGGAGCUUAUUAGUUAAGCAGUGAAAAUCCUAAAUCAAUUUUUGCUGCUGACAUAACAUACUUUCAGCUGCCUUUUUAUUUUUACUUUUUUUUUUUUUUUUGUACAUCGUAAUUUUUAAUUUCCUGCGCCUGCUUGUAUCUCAUGUUUGUGAUUCCUUGGUGUAAAAUUGUCCAUAUGUGUAUUAAAGACAAGGAGUUUAAUUACAUGUAUAUAUCAUAUAAUGUGGUUUUAAGAUGUACACAGUUAAUUAGCAUGUCUUUCUUAAACUUUACACAAUAUGAUUUUAUUCACUCUUUGUACAGCACAGUCGAGGGUUGCAAAUCCCCCAGCAGAAGGUGACCGUUUCAUUUUCUAAUUUUCUGUUUAAUACAGAUCGGGGUGGAAUUAUUUUUUUAUUUUUCAUAAGCAGAAGGAAAAGCUAUGAUUGGCAGGUUCUCGGGCAACAAGAUAUUUAUUGCUUAGAUAAUAAGAAUCUAAAGUUUUUUUUUUUUAUUUUAGUUUUUUUUUCCCUCAUUUUCUGAAAACGCAGGUGGAAUAAUUCCGUUUUUAUCUCUUGCAUCAAUAUAUUGUAAAAAAUGUAAUUACUACACUAUAUGCCUUGUAUGUGUGAGGAUAGUGGAAAUUGCACUUUUCACCCGAGAGUCUUCUUUUUAUAAAGUCUUCAGGUCAUGCGUCUGUUUUUAUAUAUAAUCUUGUUUUAAUCCUGCAGCUUCUGGCUGUUACCCCUUUCUUACAAGUUACAUAACUUAUGUAUGUUGUGUUAUUUAUUACCACUGCUGACUAUUUUGCGUUGGUUGUUUAUGUAACUCUGCUCUGAUACAUUAUCAUGACAUGGGUUGUCUAUUUGGAUUUUUACCCAUACUAUGUUUAUAACUACUGUUAUAAAAUUAAGGUGAAGCUGUUUAAUGCAAUGCCAUUUGUUCUGAUUUUACAUCUAGUAAAAAUUGUGUUGUGAUCGUUUGGAUUUAUGUUGUUAGUGUAUUGAGAUACAUCACCAGUAUGGACUGGGAUACAAUGGUCACAGAGGGUGCCACAAGAGGCUACAGUGGACAUGAUGGCAACAAGGCUUGUUGAGUGGAGGGCCACUAUGGGAAAAGUUGUUUGAGCAUCGAAGGCCUACACGUCCAACUGUCACUUGAACCAAUUUUUGGCCCUGGAAACUGACCAUAUAAUUUUCCACUCCUCCAUAACGUUUUCCAUUAUUUUACCAUACCUAAAUGUACAGGUUUAGACAAGGAAGAGUUUAGCUUAGCCUGUGUUGUAGGCUUGUUCUAUCCAUUUGAAUAUUGUGUGCUGUAGGUUAAACGCCAUCAGAGAAGGUGGCAUAUACGGUCCAUUCUAUGUUCCACAUUCCACAUCAGCUUGACAAAUAACUUUGAUAGUAGUGUCCCUGGUCUUGAAACCUGCCACAUGAUAUGCAGGAUGUGAGCUUGAUGUCUAUUAGUUUCUGGUCCGUUCCCAGAUUGACUCAAAUUUACAUUGACCUUGGCAGGUGAACUUACACAUGCUGUACAGUGGUUCUAAAAGUCACUGUUAGUUAAAGGGACACUAUAGACACCAAAACAGCUUCAGCUUAAUGAAGCAGUUUUGAGUAUAGAUCAUGCCCAUGCCAUCCUCACUGCACAAUUCUUUGCCAUAUUGCCAUGCAAAAAAGGAAGUGUAAACAUUAAAUCUCUCUUUACAGGAAGUGUUUAGGAAGGCUGUGUAAGUCACAUGUAGGGAGGUGUGGCUAGGGCUGUAUAAACAAAGCAAUUUAACUCCUUAAUGGCAGAGAAUUGAGCAGUGAGACUGCAGGGCCAUGAUCUAUACACCAAAACUGCUUAAUUAAGCUAAAGUUGUUGUUUUUGUGAUUAUAGUGUCCCUUUAACCCCUUAAGGACCAAACUUCUGGAAUAAAAGGGAAUCAUGACAUGUCACACAUGUCAUGUGCCCUUAAGGGGUUAAAGUAACACUCCAUUGAAUUUUUAACAAUUUAGUAAAUAUACCUCCAAGUAAAACUGUUUACAUGACAAACUGUCACAGACCCCAAACACUUAAAGUACUGAAGCAAGUUGGAGUGUUUCUGGAGUGUACAUUUGGGCUUUGGAUAAUGCACUGGAAGCGUUUGUUUUGAUUUCUUUAAAUAUAGUAACAGAAAAUUAAUGUUUUGAUCUCAAUUAUAAAAGUGUUUAAAAAAAAAAAAAAAAAAAAAAGUGGGUGCGGGGGAGAGCAGUGUGCUUAAGGUACAUAUCCAGCUAUGCCAUGAGUCAUACACAACAAUAUUGUGUGAGGAGCACCUAAUCAUAGUUUGUAGUUGUAAUCGUUAAUCAUAGGAUUUAAUUUUUAUGGACUCUGUGGAUUCUAAGGGUACAUGUGGCAAUGCAACCAUAUCUUGACACAAAACCUUAUAAUUAGUAUGUCUCCACCUGUAAAUAAACCUGCUGUUUCAUAUCUGUAAAGCACCUUCAUUAUAGAAGCUUCAAUGUAAAGCCUUUCCGGAAAGAUUAUAUAUGUUCCAGUCAUUUUAACAGCGUUCUGUUACUCCCAUAUUUGCAGGUGGCGUUGGCCUCCUUGGGGUUUGUUCACUACACUGAGCAAUGUGGGGAAUUUAUAUGGCAAGAUGCAAAAUUUAGGACAAAACCGAGAAAACACUAAAACUUCUAUUUUUUUUCCUGCUUGGUUAGAUUGACCUAAUGUUCUAUUGUCAGUUCGUUCAAGGUCUCAGUUUGGUGAAUAAACUAAAGUCAGUAAACUUUUAAAGGAACUCUCCACAUCAAGCAUGUCAAACUUAUAUUUGCGGCCCGCAAGACAGGAGAGAUAUUUCCUUUCUGAUUCUUGCCUUCCCUCCCACAGCCGAUCGCGCGCUCCCGCAGCUGCAAAAGCGCAGAGUGGAUGUCUGUCUGCAUUGCAGGCCAGCCACUCCUCCUUUCCUCCUGCUCGCAGUGCCAGCCACUCCUCCCCUCUUGCUCACAGUGCCAGCCACUGCUCCUCCCCUCUUGCUCGCAGUGCCAGCCACUCCUCCUUCCCUCCAGCUUGCAGUGCCAUCUGGCCUGCUUGCAGAGAAGAGCAGGGCUGGAACUGGAGGACGGGCGGCUUAUCUUAAGGUAGGAGAAGAGGGGCUUGGGGGACCUUCCUGAGUACUGUGUUAAAUUGAGGAGGGUGAGCAGUGUAUUAAUAUAAGGGAGGGAGGGGGCAGUAUAUUAAUUUGGGAAGGGGUGGGAGUGGACACUGUAUUAAUUAUGGCAGGAAGGGGGCAGUAUAAUAAAUUGGGUGACGGAGUGGACAGUGUAUCAAAUUGGGGGAGGAAAUGGGACUGUGUAUUAGAGUGGUGGGAGGGGGCAGUGUGUUAAAUUGGGAGUGGGCACUGUAUUGAUUUGGGGAAAGGAGGGCAGUGCAUUAAAUUGGGGGAGGGAGUGGGCAGUGUAUUAAUUCAAGGGGGGGCAGUAUAUUAAAUUGGGGGAGGAAGUGGGACUGUAUUAGAGUGGUGGGAGGGGGCAGUGUGUUAAAUUGGGGGGGGGGCAGUGUAUUACAUUAAGGGAAGGAGGCAGUGUAUUGUAUUGGGUAGAGGGGGCUGUGUGUUAGAUUAGUUUUGGGGAAAUGUAUUGGAUUUGUGGCCAGUGUAGAAUAGAGGGAGGGGCUGUGUAUUGGCCACGCAUGGAGACACUGAUUGGCCACGCAGCUUUUUGCCACACAUGCACAAUAGCCUCCCAAUGCUUUCCUAUGGUAAAGCAUUGGAUUGGCUGAAAUCAUCAAGGUUGAUGAUCUCAGCCAAAGUGAAGAACACACUCAUAGGACCUCAAAAUCAACAAUAUAACGUCAUUAUUUUUUAUUUUUUUUACAGCUGUGCAACAGCAUACAUUCACCAAUUCAGUCCCAUUACCAAACUUUUCUUAACCCCUUAAGGACCGGCCUGUUUUUGCGAUGUUGUACGUUAAGGACCAGAGCCGUUUUGACACUUUUGUUGUGUUUAGCUGGAUUUUCCUCUCUCUCAUUUAUGGUUCCCAUACAAGUUAUAUAUUGUUUUUUUUUUUUAGUUCAAGAAGGGUUUUCUUUACAUACCAUUAUUUGUAUCAUGUCAUAUAUUUUAUUUAAAAAAAAAAAAAAAUAUGGUGAAAAUUUAAAAAAAAAACAUGUUUUUGGACUUUUACUUGAAAAAUCUUUUACUUAUCUACAAAAGCUAAUGAAAAAAAACUGCUAAAUAGAUUCAAAAUUUUGUCCCGAGUUUAAAAACACCAGUGUGUACAUGCUUUAUUGCCUUUUUGCAAGUUAUAGGCGUAUAAAUACAAGUAGGAAAUUGCGGUUUCAAUAUAUAUAUAUUUUAAAAAUAUCAAUAGUGACAUUGUAACACCGUUAUCUGUCAUAAAUCCCCGAAUCACACCUCACAUGUACAUAUUUUUUUAAAGUAGACAACCCAGGGUAUUCAGAAUGGGGUAUGUCCAGUCUUUUUUAGUAGACACCUAGUCACAAACACUGGCCAGAGUUAGCAUUUAUAUUUGUGUGUUUAAAAAUGCAAAAAACGCUAACUUUGGCCAGUGUUUGUGACUAAGUGGCUACUAAAAAAGGCUGAACAUACCCCAUUUGCAAUACCUUGGCUUGUCUUCUUUUGCAAUGGUAUGCCAUCAUGGGGGUAAUUCUCAUUCCUGGGCUACCAUACGCUCUCAAAGGCAACCUAACCAAUCUGACAAAUUUUAAAAAAAAAAGUAAAAUCAAGCCUUAUAUACAUACACAUUAUAUUAUAUAGAUAUAUGUGUGUGUAUAUAUAAUAAAAAUUUUACACUGAUUGCUUUAUUUUUUAACUUUUAUUUUAGAUUUUUCACUUGCAGGGAGACUGCCUGUCUGCACAGACAGUCCACCUGCAGGCAGAUACACAGGCACCUAUUGCGGCCACGUGAUCGUUAAAAUAAAUUUGCUAUUUUGUUUACUUUGAAUUCCUACAAGAGUGAGGACGUCCAGUGUAAGUUAGGCAACUUUUUUUUUAUACUUUUUGUAAUAAUCCAAAGUUUCUAUGAAAACUGAAGUGUUUUUUUUUGUUUGUUUUUUUUGCAGCCCACAUAAACAUAAACAUUGUUUAUUUGGCCUGUGUUAGCCUUCGAGUUUGACAUUCUUGCUCCACAUAAAACAUUCCAUUUUAAUUAUUACUUUAUAAAAUGCUUAUUUCCAAUCAGACAGUCAGGUUUGUUCCUGUUAGCUGCACUGAGCUAGCAGAGGUGGAAGGUGUGCUGUGCUAGACUGCACGCCUGUCACUGCCUCUCCCAAGUCCCAAGGAUGAGCAUGCGCAUCCUUGCUUACGGAUGAGCAAGGAUUAGCACGCGUAUCCACAAGACUCAUUGUACGUUGCUUCCUCCUCCUGGUCCACUCCUAGUUUUCCCCAGCAUCCACCCUCGCCACGCUCUUGACUUCUCAUUGCGAUGAAAGUCUGUGCUGGGUAAAAUGGAAGUUGCUUGCAAAGGCUGCAGACAUAAGAACUGCUGAAGUACUUUUUGUGUGAAGAGUAUGUCCUUCUUUGUUUUUGUUUUUUUUGUUUUCAUUUCUCAAAAAGAUCAGAUUUCAAUUUUUUUUUUUUUUUUAAAUGUAUUUUUAUAAACUGACCUUGUUACACCCCUCUGGCUGUGAAUCAGACAACAGGUCCUGUUACUUCCUGGUUUGGUUAGCUCAGUGGAGCUAAAAUCAACAGACAGCAAUUGCUCAAAGCUCCUGCCUUGCAAAGACUUCUUAUUAAGCUGCAUUGUGAAGUCUGUGAUUGGACAGACACAGAAAGUCUGGGCAAGGUUAGAAGGGUUAAACUUACAAAUGCUGCGGACAGGAGAUCUGCAUGUUCUGAAAGCAGUUUUUAGAUAUACUCCCACAAUGAAAAUAUGCAUGCAUUUAGUUAUGUCAUUGGAGUAAAAACUAUUAAACGUGAUUUGCUUGUGUGUGUGCUGCGUUCCUUUUAAUGUGUAGCAAAAUUAAAUCAGAAUUGCUAAAACAGUAGAUCUGGGGGGUGGGGGGGGGAACAAUUCUAGAAGUCUGCUUGAAUCACAGCUACAUUUUGACAUUCAUAUUUCAAUUUGCUACAGUUCAGAGUUCAGUGAAUUACUGUUUUGUGUUUUCUAAGAUAAACCCAGACAAUUAGCAGGUUAGUAAAGUAACAAUGCAUUGCAGGAUCCAUUAGAUUUUUGAAAAUUAUCUAAUUGCGCAUACUGGAAAUAAAGGUGGUUAAAAUUCAGGACAUGGGGCCCUUGCUAAUCAUAGUAAUUCUCAAAAUCUUACUGGUCUUCACUAAACUGCUUAAUUUGAGCUUUAGCAGACGCUCCUAUGUAAUGAGGUCAUGCUGCCAAUCAUGACAUUACCGGUCCCCAUCUUCUGCAUAAAAAUAUGUAGCUUUCCAUAUAAAAUAAGUUUCAAUUUAUAUAUUUUAAUUCAUGUAUCGAAUGCCCUGUAAAUACUUAUGUAAUUACAGAACAAAUGUAGGGCAGUCUCCUGGGCACCAUUUGCCUGUCCAAAAAGGGGCAAACGUGCUAGCAAUAUGAGGGUGCCUUGCCACAACUGUUUCACUUGCCAGGAGAUCUUCUGGUUCACCUAAUGCUUCUCAUUUCAGUUGCUAUCUCUGCAGUGUUUCUAAUAGUGAAGCAUUGAAUUAAAUGUUUCUCUAUAAAAAGCAUAAGAAUGGAACCCUCCCUACCGUCUGACUGUUAGGAGGGUGCAACCUUGUCAGUUAAAUAAAAACUAUGAUUUCAAGAGAAAUCUGCAUUUUUCUAAAGGACUACUCAAAGCACCAUGAGCACAUCAGUGAUUUAAAGAGGUCAUUGUGCCUGAAAGUCUGUGUGUUCAGCAUUUUGCUAUGCAACGCUGCACAUGCCGAGUGUAACCCCUUUGCUGCUGCAUGUUUAUCUCACCCUCCGGCUGCAUCACUGGGGCAUCUUUAGUCCCAUUGCCGUGCACAGAGUUUCAUUCCUUGGCUGAGAGCAGUCAGAAUCAUCAACGAUCUUCUGCAGAAGCUGAAUGCAUGUCACGGCUUGCAGGAGAGGGCUGUCUGUGCUCGGCUAGACCUGGUAAGAGGGAAAACUGUCCCAUUACCUGGAAACAAGGCCAGGGUAGUCCUUAUGUUGUAGUAAUAACCAUUUAAGUGGUAAUUCAGUAAGCUGAAGUGUUUAAGGGAUUUGCAGUGUUCCUUUAAAUCGGUAUCCUUUUUAAAUGUAGCGAUCUUACCUUUGGAGCCAAACACGGGAGAAUGCGGUAUUUAAGAAUUGUUGUCCCUUCACAGCAGAGGAGAGUAAAUGGUACCAGUGGCAUUACACAUUUUUGUGAACCAUGUUUUUUAUUGUUGUUUUUUUUUUUUUAUACACAUCAUGUUCACAUUUCUAUGCAUUGACGUUGCUAAUGUAACACUUGCUACUCACUAACUUGAUUGGUCCUGCUGGGGAACACUGUCCCGAGCAGAGAUCACCUCCUCCAUGGUGCCAAUAUGGUGGCUUGAUUGCCACUUUCUCAGUGUCAGAAUUGAUACACUAACUUAUUACAGUGCAUGAUGCUUUUGAGAGAGGAGGGUGUUCUGCCCUGUCAUUUCCCCCUCUAUACCAAGUGUGCAUUGGGGUGAUGGGGCACACCAUAACGUUAUGUGGCGUUUUCCUGAUGAUUUGGACCUGUAUUAUGUCAAUAAAGUUGUUUUGUAUGGCAGGUACACUUUAAGAUAUGUAAAUUUCAUGUGCUGGUUUUCAGCAGGCUCUGAAAUGCUAGCUAGGUGUUGUACACGGCUAUUAAUAGGCGCAAACAAAAUGCAGUAAUUAGUUUUAGCAUAACCAGUAAGUGUAAGGAUUGCCUUGAGCCAAAGUAUGCAUGUUCUUCUGUACCAUUUCUCCUAUUACCUUUACUCCCCUCUAGAUAUAAUUUGAGACAUAGUGUGGUUUGUGUUGAAUCCUCACUUCUUCUCCUUUGGAUGCAGUAGAUCAUUUCAGACUGUACAUACUCUGCAGCUAUUUCUGACUAUUCAUUGUUUUCGUCCAGCAGGAUUUGCAUGCAGAAUCAGGUUAAUAGUGACCACAUUGCUUCUUGAUGAACAGAGAUUCUGAUUUAUUUAAGGAGAGAGAUCUUGUAGGGGCACUGCUGCGCCCUAGGACUUUUAAUAUAAUGAUUGCCAAUGUUGUAUAUUUAACAAAUAGGUGUUUGUGUGUUUAUAUAAGCUACUGAAAUUCAUCCUUCAAAUGGGCACCUCCAUCUUGGCUCCCUGUCAAUCAUUAGUUUAAGCUCUGUCAACAUUGGGAGAGCGUGCAGGGAAGAAUAUAAAUGUAAAUAUUAUUAUCUCAAUGGUUUAGAGGGCACUUGAGGGCUUGUUGCUUUUUUGCAGCUGUUCACUGACUAGUUUGAGAAUGAGGGGUAUACCAUAUUCACACCUGGUAACUGGGGUAGUUGAGAUACACAGGGCUAUAGUGUAUUUAGAGGGCUACAGUUCCUACUUUACCCCUAUUGGGAGGCUAUGAUUAGGAUUUAAUGUUGAUUAGGUAACUUUACUUCUCACCCUUAGGGGGAUUAGUUUGGCAAGCCAGGCACUGUGUAGGUUACACUAGCCGUUUUAAUGAUGUCCCUACCCUUCUCCCAUGCUUUGGUGCUCUCUCUGUGGCCGGUCGCACCUCCAUGGCUGAUAACCUUAGCCAAUCCAAUGCGCACUAGCCUCCCAAUGAUUUCCCAUUGGAAAGCAUUGGGAACCUAUUGUGUGUGUGUGUGUGUGUGUGUGCCUCAAAACGCCGUGCUGCGCCAAUCAGAUGGUCUCUGAGACCACCUAAUAGAAAUAGCUGAGUUUCACUUGGCUGUUUUGGACGAAAGCUUCUAGUGGCUGUCAGAACGUCUAGAGGCAUUUAAACCCUGAUAUUGCGGUAUGAAGUGGCCUGGGUGCCUAUAGUGUCCAUUUAAUCAGCUAUCAAAAUUUAACUUGCUCCUAUGCGAUUUUCAGCCCAAUAGACCAGUUAAAUACUUGUCAUAAACGAGCAUUAGAUUGGCAACCGCAGGAAAGGAUGGCCUUUUUUUGCUGCCACUCCCCCAGUACAUUGUCUGCAAGUGGAAUAGGAUAUGGGACAAAUUUGACCCAAAGUUUCCAACUGGUAGACUGACAUGAGAAAAGGGUUGUUCUAUACACACACAAAAAUAAUUAUUGGAAUUGAUAAUGUUCCUAUCUGAAAUGUUCCAGGCGCUUGAUGAUUGUACCAUAACCACUAUGGUAAGCUGAAGCGGUUUGGUGAUCCUUUAACUCCUAACUUUUUAUGGUCUCUUCCUAGUUGUAAAAUCAUAUUGUAAGUUUAUUGUAACACAGUUUGAAGGUCAUUAUUAGAAAAUAAUACAAAGUAAUUCAAAUUAACUAAAGUUAAUAUAUUAUCAUACACACCUUAAUUGCAGACCCUUCCUUCACCAGUUAGGAGCCAGUCAGGAGAUUCUCAUUCCGGUGUUGUGCUCUGAUCUUAUCCCAUAAACCUCUGUCCAGUGGAACUGGACUGAAAACUAUCAGCCGUACUGUGUGUAUGUAUACUCACAAUGUACACAUUGAUUGGUUCACUGUUUAUGGAACCCUGCAAUGUGUAUCUAUUGGAAUGCACACACCGCACAAACAACAUGGAGAAAAUUAAUACAAACAACUUAGAAGAGAUCCAGACUGCCUGAUUGACAGGUCUGUUGGGCUAGGUUAAAGCUGUAGUGAUUAUUUCUUUUUUUAAAAAAUACAAAUUGCUGUGGUUCAGAGCCACUCUCGAAGCUGAGGGCUGGUACGGCAGUAAUACAAAGUCAUAAUGGUGCUUAGAUUGACCCUUUAACAUGGACACAUAGCCAGAUUUUAAGAAAACAAAAAUAUGCUAAGAACUAUGAAACUUGCGUUUGUUUUUGUUCUUGAUUCUGAGUGAUGUGUCAGACACGAACAGAUGCAGACAGCCCUGUUUUAUAUAAAACGGCAAAUAUACUUUAUGUAGAAAAGAGAAACUGCUUUUGAGAUGGAUAUCCCAAAGUGUCCAUUGCUCUGUGAACGGGCCUCUGUUGAUAAUUUGCUCUUUCUGGUUUCAUGCUCUUUAAAGUAUUAAAUCUUAGAAGUGGUGCACUACAGAAUCUGUAUCUCUUGUUGACCGUGAUUUUGAUGUGGGAUCUUUAAAAUGCAGAUCUAGCUGAGGGAUAGGUCUCUACAACAUUGGCCCUUUUUAGCAUUUUAUUUUACAGCAUGUUCUCUGUACUGUUACAGGAAGCAAAAUAUAUAUCUAGUGUGUCUUCCUUUAUAUUUUUGUUUGUUUAACACUUCUUAUGUAGUGCGCAUAUCGAGUGAUUUACAGAUUAUGAAAACAUAACAUUGGUAAUUAUACAAAGUAUAGACAGACCGUAUACACAAAUCCACAAAAGACCCUGCCAGUCCUGCAAUUACAGUGCUUUUAUACAAAUUGUUUGGCAAGCUGACUCGUGCUUACAAUCUAAAGGUAAUAAUGGGGAGUUGAGACCUGAGGCUUUAAGAAGUGUUUGGUAGUUAAAGGGUUACUCCAAGCAUCAUAACCAAUGCAGCCCGUUGUAGUGGUUAUGAUGCCAGAAGUACCCUUGCCUCGUUUUCCGGUAAUUGAGCAAACCGUUUAGCAACAGUUUGCCCUCUAACCUUGGUCCUCAUCAGCCAUCAAGGACCCUUCAGUGACCAGUGAUAAUAGCCGACUUCUGCAAAGCUAUAGCAAAAUUUUGGAGAUGCUAGCUGAGGGAAAUCAGGGUGUUUGCCCUAGUGGAUUACGCGAAAAAGAAACAACAAACCGAAAAAUUAUUUUCUGUAGGGAGUUGGAGAGGAGCAGUGUGUAGAUGGAGGGGAGUGAUGUAUAGCAUUUAGUGUGAGAAUGAAACAUUUUGGUAUAUUUAUUCUAUCUGCCUAAUAAUUAAUAAUGCAUACCCUAUACAAGCUAUACAGAAAUUAAGUAUGUUAUGCAAAAACAUAACAUACAGGGAUGUAAUUUCUAAUAAGCCGGGUAAUAGCUGUUUGAUCCAAGCUGACAUCUGACUGCUAUUUUUACCUUCUUUUGGAUCAACAGCAAAGACUUAUGUGAGGAAGGCUGAACUUGAUGGACGCAAGUCUCUUUUCAGCUAUGUAACUAUAAGUCAAAAGGCAUAUAAUCUAAUAGUUGCAAAGGCUGAAAAAAGAUUUGUGUCUAUCAAGUACAGUUUUUCUCAUAUCUGUUUCUGCUGUUGAUCUUAAAGCGGCACUGUCAUGCCGAACUUACCUUUCUUUAAUCAAUUCCUCUUCUCUCCCUCUGUUAGGAUCUGUUCUUCAUUUCUUUCUUUCUGCUCUAGUUUUCUUUAAAACAUAAGUCAAAGUAGGGACUACUUUGUCUUAUGGAGGUUUCCUACACUUGACCAUCUCUGACCAGCGGAGGACCAAAGUGUGCUCUGUUUCCUGUGGUCAGAGAAAUUUUCCCACAAUUUUUACCUUUCCUCCGUGAUCUUGUGAUGCUUCCUGUCAGUAUUCCCGAACGUCCUGUCACUUAGACAGAACACUGGCGAAACUACCGAAUUUCGUCCUAUCAGAAUGAGAGCAGUUUGUUCAUUCGUGUUAGGACGCAAUUCAGGACUUUGUUCGGAUCGGAAUUUCGCCAAUGGGUGGGGGCCGGGGUAGGGGGGGGAAGGACAAUAGGACCCCCUUGUUGUUGUUUAGGGCGCCCACCUGCCUCUCAGGUUGGGGGCCGGAGGUCCCCCCCUAAUUGUUUAUGUCGGGCGAGAGGGCCGGGGGGGGGGUAGGACAAUUAGGACCCCCACCCGCCACUCAGGGGCCGUGGAGGAGGACACUAGGACCGCUUAUGGGUGGGGGCCAAGGGGGAAGGCUUAUCAAUAAACUGCAAUCUUUAAGUUUGGAUUCCAAUAUUGUUGACUGGGUAAGGCAGUGGCUGAGUGACAGGAAACAGAGGGUUGUAGUCAAUGGAGUAUAUUCGAAGCAUGGGCUUGUCACCAGUGGGGUACCUCAGGGAUCUGUACUUGGACCCAUUCUCUUUAAUAUUUUUUAUUAGUCAUAUUGCAGAAGGUCUUGAUGGUAAGGUAUGUCUUUUUGCUGAUGAUACUAAGAUAUGUAACAGGGUUGAUGUUUCAGGAAGGAUAAGCCAAAUGGCAAAUGAUUUAGGUAAACUAGAAAAAUGGUCAGAGUUGUGGCAUCUGACAUUUAAUGUAGAUAAGUGCAAGAUAAUGCAUCUUGGACCUAAAAUCCCAAGGGCAGAGUACAGAAUAUUUGAUAGAGUCCUCACCUCAACAUCUGAGGAAAGGGAUUUAGGGGUGAUUAUUUCUGAUGACUUAAAGGUAGGCAGACAAUGUAAUAGAGCAGCAGGAAAUGCUAGCAGAAUGCUUGGUUGUAUAGGGAGAGGUAUUAGCAGUAGAAAGAGGGAAGUGCUUAUGCCAUUGUACAGAACACUGGUGAGACCCUUUCUUGGAGUACUGGAGACUAUCUCCAGAAGGAUAUUGAUACUUUAGAGAGAGUUCAGAGAAGGGCUACUAAACUGGUUCAUGGAUUGCAGGAUAAAACUUACCAGGAAAGGUUAAAGGAACUUAACAUGCAUAGCUCGGAGGAAAGACGAGACGGGGGGAUAUGAUAGAAACAUUUAAAUACAUAAAGGGAAUUAACACAGGAAAGGAGGAGACUAUAUUUAAAAGAAGAAAAACUAUCACAACAAGAGGACAUCGUCUUAAAUUAGAGGGGCAAAGGUUUAAAAAUAUCAGGAAGUAUUACUUUACUGAGAGGGUAGUGGGUGCAUGGAAUAGCCUUCCAGCUGAAGUGGUAGAGGUUAACACAGUAAAGGAGUUUAACCCCUUAAGGACACAUGACAUAUAUGACAUGUCAUAAUUCCCUUUUAUUCCAGAAGUUUGGUCCUUAAGGGGUUAAGCAUGUGUGGGAUAGGCAUAAGGCUAUCCUAACUGUAAGAUAAGGCCAAGGAAUAAUGAAAGUAUUUUUAAACAUUGGGCAGACUAGAUGGGCCAAAUGGUUCUUGUCUGCCAUCACAUUCUAUGUUUCUAUGAGCAAAAACAAUAUGGAAUUCCGGUCUUGAUUUUGCUUGGGAUGCAAAUGACCAGUAUAGCAAAUAAUUGUGUGUUCUUAAACUUCGUACAUGCUAGCCCAAACAUUUAUGUUUAAUCUUUUGAUUUUCUUAAACAGAUAAGGAGUCUUAGAAGAAAAAAUGGAGAAAUGCAGAUCUCGCCCUCGGAGGCCUGACAAGGCAUUAUAUGUUCCUAAGGCUAGAAGAAGCUUAGAGCCACAGGACGAACAUGGAGUUGAAAAGCCCCCUGAAGAAAUAAGUGUCUGCAACUUGCAUCAAAAAAGCAAUGGAAGUAGCGAAAAAAAACUACGUCACAAGAAAGCCACUCACAAGAAUAGGCCAGACAGUGCCAAGCAUAGCCCUAAUUCUAAAGCUUUUGAACCAGAAGAGACAGAAUGUAGACUUCACAAAUUCCCAGCAUCUCAGCAAUAUGCUGAACAAAAGGAUAGGAAUCAAGCCUGCAGUCAGACACAGGCGGAAGAAAACGAUUCAUUAUGUGGAGCUGUUAAUAGCCUAAGCAUUAAUGAGAGAAGGGACACAUUAUCGCUGGACUUAGAUGAAAGCUUUGUGAAUGCAUCUCAUGUUGAUCCUGUUCAUCAUAGCAGCUUUUUAUCAAAGGUACCUGAACAGGUUGCCUCCUGGUGCUUUAGUGACAGCCAAAGACUUGGAGAACAGUCUGCAAAUGGAAGGACAGGGUCAGCAGAGAUUAAGAUGGAACAGGAUAGGUCCACAAAGGUAGAACACAACAAAGAAAGAUAUCAGUCUAGGAUGGAAGUAGAAUAUUCUUCAGAGUAUACAGACUUAUGUGAAUAUGACCACAUGAUGUCCCCAAGCGUAGUCAAAUUAUCAAGCAACAAGAAACAGGUAACAGGCACAGAUGUCUUGUUUGUAUGUGAUAGCGAAGUCUUAAAUUUAUCAUCAAGGUCUAUACACAGCAGCUGUGAUAUUGUAGCACAAAGUACAGACAAUGCAACUGAAGAGCUGCAUAGUGCUUCACUCUCCGAUACAGAUAGUGCCCAAGUAAUCUACACAACUGACACUAAUAUUCCCAUAGACAUAUCUGGGCAGUUUACUGUCUGCUUAAAUGAUACUGAUAAAAUAAGUACUGUAGUUUCUUAUGAAAAGCAGAAAAAAAUUACAGAGGAGAAAUUAGAUUUAUCACCUCCAGUAACACAGAACGCCUCCGAACACAUGAUAAAGGAUAACGGCAGCAUUGUCUGCGCUAGUAAUCCCAGUAGCAUCACUGCAGAUGAAAACCUCACAGAUUUAAAAGAAUGUGCGGAUGAAAGAGGCAAAGGUGUAAUAGAUGACAUUCAUUCUUCCAAAACCCCAAUAAAAUGUGACAACGCAAACACUGAACCACAAAAUUGGAAUGAAUCUGGAGGAUUAUCUGAGGAUAGGGUUGAAGGCAGCUGCAGUGAUAUGAAUAAUGCAGAUGUAGGGUUAGAAAACGUUUGUCAUAUGGCAGAGUGUGAUGUUAGAACAGAGGUAUGUGCAGAACCAGUGUCUGCUGUACUAUGUUUGAGUUCUGAAACAGGCAUAAGCUGCUCAGGUGAUCUGCAGGGUCCAAACAUACACAAUACAAUGAUUGAUUGUACACUGGAGGGGACUGACGAUGCAUUAAGUAACAAGACCAACAAAGAGGACAGUGUGGAAAGUCCAUGUGCGACCUAUUGCGAAACUUCAAAAGACAGCACAGCUCAGUGUGAUGGGAGUUGUGAUGGUGCUGAAAGCUGGGAUACCCUAUUCACUGAUGAUGGAGACUGUCUUGACCCUCAUCUUUUGGAAGAGGUAAACUUGCCAUAGCGAUGUGUGAGAGACCAUUAUCGUACUGGUAGCCAGUGGGUGAAAAUUAAUUAGCUCUCCAUUUAAUUGUUUUUUAAUACAUAUAUGUACCUAUCACAUUCUAAAAAUAAAGUGGAAUAUAGUGUAUCUGCAGUUUUGGUAUCUUGUAAUUUCCUGAGACAUGUAUGUUGUGUCCCCGUUGCUAUUUAUCUACCUUUAUGAUAUAUCUUAUCUUUGCAUACAUCAAAAUGUCCAGUAGAUUCUUGAUAUGGCAUUCUAUAUUAUCACUAUUCACUUUGUUAUAUUAGCUCACAAACAGAGAGAAGACUGUAAAGACCUUACAGGCAUCCAAAUUUAACUACUACGACUACGAACCUGAAGAACCAGAAAUGGAUGAUUUUGAUUUGUCGCACGUGAUUGAGAUCUACGAUUUUCCUGCGGAAUUUAAGACUGAAGAUUUAAUGCGCUCUUUUGCCAAUUAUCUGUGAGUCCUGCUUAUUAGUAUUAAAAAAGUAAUUCCUUUUCAGAAUAGCAUAUCAGUUAGUUUUGUAAUUUGCUUCUGCUUAUAGUGACCCAUUGGGUGACAAAGUAACGUUGUACUAAUCUGUUUUGCUCUUGUGUGUCUAGUAACUAUUAUCUACAUUUUUAAAAAUCUACUAUCCUUAACUCCUGCUGCUGAUCAAAUAAGCAUUACCAUUUCUUUAAAUACCAUCAGAAGGCCAUCCUUUUUGGGUUGAAGUAUGUAUUAUUGUGUGUGGAGGUAUUGAUGGUAUGUAAUACAGAUCGAAGCCAGCAAAUUGAUCAGUUACUAUGACUAAACAAAUUUAGCCAGUUUGGUAGUGGUGUGAUGUUGGCCACUACAAUGCAGGAUAUGUCCUCAAUAUCUACAGAUAGCUGUAACAGUUAGGAAUGUCGGUGAACGGUUAGGUGUGGCGUUGGUGAAUUAAGGAUAGUGUAAGGAGAAGAGAGAUUAGAAAUUGAAAUUUUAGUAAGAGGGUAGGGGCAGUAAUGUAAGGGUAAGAAUGAGGGUUAUUCUACUUAAAAUGCCAUACUGGGCAUUUUUUUUUUUUUUUUUCAAUAAACCUGCACAAAAUACUUGUACUUAACUGGAAUCCAGUGCCGGACGAACCUCCUGGUGUUGCCUUUCAUGCCUCCACCCGUUGUCAGUAAGGCCCUCCUGCAAGCCAGUCUUGGGAUUCUCAUAGAGAAGCCUGUGAUUGGACCAUUUUGCCCUCAGGACGCACGUAUCCAAAUGUGAGCUGGCGAGGAGGGAGAGUAAUAAAUAGAAAACAAAAACCCCCCAAAAAGCUUUAUUGAGGCUAUAGGGAGGCAGGAGAGAUCUACUUGUUCAGGGUCUUCUUAACUUCCCUCCAAAUGAGAAGCUUGAUACAUCCGUUGCAAGCGUGCGGUGGGCUCUGACAGACAUAUUUUAUGUACAGAAUUGACAUUUGGAACCUUGGAACUCUUUCAGGCUGCAAAAGUAAUAUAACUUGCCUCCGUUACACAAAUAAACUACCCUUUUAACCAUAGCAGCAGUAUUACACAAGGGCCCAUUACUGACUGUGCGCAGCCUUUCAAACAGAAAUGUUACACAUACAGAAUCUUGCCAACAUGACCACUUCAAAUCACUUUAUAAAAUCGUAUAGAUAGAUAUUAAACGAUGUCUUCAAGUUACCACUUACCUGCAGGGCCUUAAGAUUAAAGAUCCUAUCCCCAAACCAUGCUACUAGUCAAAUGGUAUGGACUGCUGGGCAGAUUCAGGAUUCCAGCUCACUCCUCAUGCAUUGUUCUCUACAUCUGGCUCUUCUUUUGAUAAUCAUGCAGAAGGAAGCAAUCAGUGACACUCUUGCUUUUUUGAAACUGAUUUACAGCUGACCGUUUGUGCUUGAUCAAAAGUCAUCCAUUCGGAACUAGGGCUUGGUUUUAGGUUUUUGUCAGAAUGUCGUAAAAUGUAGAUACAAUAUCAUACCCACGUACAUAAGCCAGUUGUGUGGGCUGACUUAACAGAUGUAAAAUGUUGCAUGUGUGCCAUUGGCAAUGCAUGUUAUUGAGUUUUUUUCUUUUGUGUAAUUCUGCUGCAGGAAGAAGGGAUUUGACAUUAAAUGGGUGGAUGAAACGCACGCUCUUGGCCUUUUCUCCAGUCCGAUUACAGGUACUGUAGUCUUGCGUCUCUUUCAAUGUUGUAAUGUUAGUCCCUUCUGCACCUUAUUCUGACUUAAACAUCAAUGAAGAAACUUUCAGGUACUUUUUCAGAUAUUUUUACAUGUUUAUUCACUCUGCUGAUCUGUCCACAUGGCGGCGUCACUGAACAACGUUGUUUGUAAACUGAUGAAAUCCACUGCAGAGCAGUUCUACUCAUUCUAUGUAAUGAGCGCCACUGCUUAUGCGGAAUUUACCGCUAAUGUUGGACAGGGCUUUAUGGGAAAACAGUCUCUUCCUGAUUAGUCUGCUGUUGCAGACUGACCCACAAAACCGAGCUUCUAAGGAAACUUUAAACGUGUGUGUGUUUGUAUGUGUGUUUAUGUAUGUGUGUAUAUAUAUAUAUAUAUAUAUAUAUAUAUAUAUAUAUAUAUAUAUAUAUAUAUAUAUAUAUAUACCGUAUUUUUCGCUCCAUAAGACGCACCUCACCAUAAGACGCACCUAGUUUUUAGAGGAGGAAACCCAGAAAAAAAAAUAUUCUGAACAAACUGUUCCAUAGUGUUUCUUACUAUGGGACAGUUUGUUCAGAAUAUUUUUUUUUUUUUUUUAAAGGAAUUUUUUGUUCCUUACCACCCACUCCCCUCUCCUGUCCCAUAAUGAUCUUUAACCCCCCUCCCCUGUCCCAUAGUUAUUUUAACCCCCCUUUCCUCUGUCCCAUAGUGAUUGUUAACCCCUCCUCCCCUUGUCCAAUAGUGUUCUCAUCCCAUAGUGUUCCCCCCUUCUCCCAUAGUGCACUUUCCCUCCCAUAGUGUCCACCCCUCCUCUUGUCCCAUAGUGUUCCCCCUCCCCUUGUCCCAUAGUGUCCCACCCUCCCCUUGUCCCAUAGUGUCCCACCCUCCCCUUGUCCCAUAGUGUCCCACCCUCCCCUUGUCCCAUAGUGUGUCCCCCUCUCCUUGUCCCAUAAUUACUUACCUGUCUUGUAGCGUGGGCCGGCUUCACAGCGCGCUCCGCGGUACAGGAACUUCAAUUUCAGGUUCCGGUUUCUGGCGGGACUGAAAGGAAGUGUGCACACUGAGUGUGCUUUUCCUUUCAGUCCCGCUGGAAACCGGAACCUGAAAUUGAAGUUCCUGUACCACGGUGCGCGCUGUGCUGCCGGCCCACGCUACAAGACAGGUAAGUAAAGGUUCACAUUCGCUCCAUAAGAUACGCAUACAUUUCCCCUCACUUUUGAGGGGGAAAAAAGUGCGUCUUAUGGAGCGAAAAAUACAGUGUGUGUAUGUGUGUAUAUAUAUGUAUGUAUAUAUGUAUGUAUGUAUAUAUAUAUAUAUAUAUAUAUAUAUAUAAUUUUUUAUUUAUUUAUUUGCAAAGUGUCUGUGAUCAUAGCACCCUGGUGGACACACUGUCGUGUCUGAGAGGGAGUUAUAGCACAAAAUUACCGCUGCUCAUGAAAGUUGGGCACCCUAGGUGCCUGUCUGCAUUGCCUUCCUUUUUGCUCUGCCUGGCCGCUGUUCUGAUACAUAAUUAAUUGUUUUCUUGGACUUUGGUGAUGGGCAGAGACCCAAUUUAAAGUUAAACCAUUAAAAAAAAAAAAAAAAAAUAUCACACAAAAAAUGUGUAUGACCGUGCUCAGUGACUCCGGCACAUUAAAAAGCUUUAUUAAGGGGUUUAGGGUGGAAAGUCCUUUCUAAAAACUUUUUACAAAUGUGGAACUUUUUUGAGGGGGCUGGGGGGUGUUCUAUAGUUUUUGUACUAUAUUACAUUCAUGGAUGUAACUAGUUGGUGGUUGCCAGUAUGCCUGGAAACAUAUGGCACCAGCAAUGAUGCAUAAUUAGCUAUAUUCCCUCCACUGCAUAUUUAAAUAUACAAUUGGCCAAAUGCAUGUGGUAGCCACACAUACCUAAUUUUUAACUUUCAUAUAUAUAUUUAACAAAACAAACUUACUAUUGGCUAAUUAGCUACACUCUCAUGGAGGCUUUUACCAAGCUUUGGGAACUGGUAUUGAGUGAUCUGUCUUCUUUCCACAGCCCGGGAUGCAUUGUCUAUGAAGAAUCCUAUAUUAAAAGUAAGGCCACUGUCUCAAGCAUCGAAAGCUUCUAGAGCCAAAGCCAGAUCCUGUUCCGGUAAGUUGAAAUAUUACGAAGAAUAAUUAGUUUGGGGGCUAGAGUGCAACAAUUUAAAGACUUUGAAAUGACUUUUCUAGAACCUUUUCUGCUUUGCUUAGUAAAAAACCAAACGCCUUAAUAUCUUAGAGCAGACAUAUAUUUAUCUUUUUUUUUUUUUUUUUUUUUUUUUUUUUUUUUUUUUUUUUUUUUUUUUUUUUUUUUUUUUUUUUUUAUUCUUGUUGAUCUUUUCUCUCUUUUCACAUACCGAGAACAUACAAUUUUUCUAUGAAAAAGAGGAUAUAGUUGGUUUUCCAAGGGUUACAUGGGAAGGGUAAUGUGAACUGGCUACUAGGGUAGAAGAAAUUGACACAAAGUUUGUUUUGUUUUUGUCUCCUAAAUGAAGCUCCUCCUCUAUUGCUGAGAUCACCAAUGUUGAAUAGGAAAUUAUUGGGAAGAUAGCGCGCAUGCGCAGCAAAAAGCCGCACUGCACCAUUCAUAUGAUCUAUCUGAACCUUCUGAUGGAAAUUGCAGUUUCACAGAAACGCCUCUAAAGGCUGUCAGCAUGACAGGCACUAGAAGGUUAACGGCUGUGGUUUUAGCUGCAGGGUUAAAAUGUGGGCACAUGGCACCCAGAUUACUGUAUCUGAUGUACCUUAUACUGAAAAUGUCAAUAGAAUCAGACAUUUAAAAAAAAGAAGACUGGCCAUAUACCCCAUUUUGAAUAGCCUGGUUGUCUACUUUUGCAAAUGGUAUGCCAUGAUGCAGUAACUUUCAUUCCUGGGCUGCCAUACGCUCUCAAAGACAACAUCUCAAACCAAUCUGGCAAAUAUCAGUGUGUAAAAACCGAAAUGGACAAGGGUUGAUCCUGUAACUUUCCAAAACCCCAUAAAACCUGUACAUGGGGGCAUCGUUGAACUCGUGGGACAUGACGGCAUACAAAUAUGUGUGUUUUAUUGCAGUAAAUGCUAGCCGUAUUAUGACGUUCACAGUUAAAAUGCCAUGCAGAACUUUUUUAUGGAACUAUGUAAUGGAACAAAAUAAUAUAUAAUAAAGUGCACUUAAUAUGAAAGAGGUAAAUUAUGGUUAGAAGGACUUGUAGUUAAAAUUCUAGGUUUAGUUUUGGUUCAGAACAUGAACGAUUGCCUCCGUCCUCAAGGGGUUAAGCAAGUUCUCUGACUCCUUUUUUUUUUUUCCUGUACGGGGACGUAACAUGGCAACUACGUCCAUUUAUUUUACUGUGAACUAGCGAAUGGCUGUUAUAUCCGCAAUUGGGGGCAUUGUACCGUUUGCAUCUGACGUUCUGAUUUAGUAAGAUUUAUGUAUUAGGUGCAUUGCCUUUUUAUUAAUCUUCACAAACUUGCCUUUUGUUUUGUUGGCAAGUUCUAGUCUCGCCUUCAAGUUAUUAAAACUGCAAGUGUGCUCACAAAAUGCCAGUAAAGGUACCAGUCCUGACAUAGUCACUUCUUUGUGAUUAAUGUUUUGAGCAGAGAUUCAAUCAUGCUUCUCAAGUCAUUGUCUGGGGCCAGAUCUAACAGUUGUAAAUAGAUCUUCCUUAAACAGUGCAGUUUUGGUGUUUUCUUUCCUAUUAAAUUUCCAGUGUUCUGUCAUAUAAAAGCAUAUAACAUGUAAAAUAUGUGUUUAUUUUGGUGCGUUUAUGUAUUUUUCCAUGGUAUUUUUGAUUGACUGCUUGGUUGUUUGUGACUGCAUUGACCUGUUAAGUUAAAAAAAAAAAAAAAAGGUAAAAUAUAUAUAUUUUUUUAAAAGCGACACAAAGUGGUGCACAAAGAAUCAGUUGGUCUAUCCUAGGUAACAGUUGGCAAGUGACUUGUGAGAGCCUGAGGGUGCUCACAGAUUAAUAUUAGCCAGAGCAGUGGGUCUGCACUGAAGGAAUGUACUUUCCUCCGCACGUCUCUCUAAACUGCACCCAGCAGAACACCGCUUUAAUAAAGAGACAGAGCAGGUGGGUUCCAAAAGAAGGAUUGGACGACCAAUAGGGAUGCAACGAUUCAUGAGGGACUGAGAGGACAUUGGGAAACCCAUUGGAAUUGGAGAGACAGAUGAUGGACAGAGAGGGCAUUGCGAGUCACAUUAGGGAGGGAAGUAUGGAGAUACAAUUAUGGGCAUGAUAUGGCACUGUAAAUGCAAAAAAAGUAUGUGGCGGAUUGUGAAGAGGCAGAACUCAAAAUAAACUCAAGUUGGGUCUAAGAUGGGGUGCACAAGCACAUCUGUGAGGAAGAUGCAUAUGGAAAGUGCACAAUAUAAAUGUCUGUUUUAUAUGGUAAACUAGAUGCAGAUCCAUUUUUAAAAUUCCUUUUGGAGAUUUAACAAACCAUCAUGAUGUCUGUUUAAAUGAAUCAAAUGUUGCCGUCUGACUUCCUCUUGAUGGGUAGUGGCAGGAUCAGUAAAGUAGGUGUCCAAUCACUAUGCAGAUCUCCCAUGGCAACAUCCUCCAUUCAUCUUACUCGUUCUGAAACCUGUUGCUGUGAGGAACAUAACAUGUGGAUGGACGAAUGCACUUAGAUUUUAUUUUAUGCAGUGCAGCAGUCUGUAUUUUAUAUUUCGUAUUUCACCAUAUGAGAUUUCAAUACAUCAGUGUAUAAAGUGUAUGCUUUAAAAAACUGCUUGUUUGAACAUUGGAUGUCUAGAGUGUCCGGUUAAUAUUUUUAUUAAGCAUUAGUAAUAAAUGGUCAUCAUAUUAUGCAAUGCUAUACAACAUGGACAAUAUAUAUAUAUAUAAAGAAUGCAUUGUAGCCAAUUUAAAAUGCAAAGUUAUAAAAUGAGAUGUAUCCCUGCCUCCCAGCAUUGACAAUCUUUAUUACAUGGUCUGUUAGAUCUUUAGAAAAUCCAUUUAUUAACACCCUUAUGUUAUGUUAUUUUUUUUUUUUUUCUUUUCAUAUAGACCUCAAUGAUAGGCAUAAAAAUGUUGGCAAAGCUUUAUUUCUCUGCAAAGAAAAUAGCUGUGGGGAAUUUUCGGUGGAUGAUUUUUCUCCUUUUAUUAAUAUUUAAUAAUAAAACAUUAUGGCCAACAAAUUCAGAACAUCAUAAAUGACUUAACAUGAUCAAAACUGCAUUGGAAAAACGUAUUGUGCCAAGUAAACACAUGUUGAAUACAUUUUUAACUCUGAAAAAUUACAGACAAUAUACUUUAGUAUGGGACAUUUAAGUGUACGUGUAUACUUGCAAGUCCAACUUAUCUUGGGUUUUCUAUUAUCUAAUUAACCAAUGAAAACCUUUAACCCUUUGCAGUCCUUUGUUGGAAUAUAUCUGACACAAUAUUUUACCUCUCGCAGUCCAAUGUCGGAUUUUCCCUGGAGAGCACCGGCAAUCCUCUAUGCCGGGUGCCGAGGAUCUGCAGUAUAAAGUCAUCCCUGCAUCCAAAAUCUGAAUAUUCAUGUACAAGUGCCUUUUGGUUACUCUUUCUACAUUAAGGGCCUUAGUAGAUUUUUUUUGUUCUUAUUAUUUAAUCGUGUUUUGUAGUGAAGGACAACUUAAGUGCAGAUAAGGGAAGUCCCUUUUUUUUUUUUUUUUUUUUUUUAAAUUUGCGAAAUGUAAAUCUAAAUACGUUAAGUACCCGCAGCAUUUGAUGUGAUGAUGAUGUCAGGCGUUAAGAGAUCCUAUAUAAACCAGAUAUUGUAGAAGAGCAAUAAGUAUUUUUAAGGUGAUGACAAUAUGAAAAGUCAUUGGUCUCUCUGGAGUUAAGUGUUCUGGACUAAGUCUGUUUAACAAGUAGGAGAAGUAGGAGUGAGGUGCCAGAGUUUUGACUUUAUCAUUUUUGCCCCCGUAAUUUACUGCUUUAGAUAUCAUUAUUAUAUUAAAUCAUAUACUUUAUUUUCUCUUUGUUCUUUAUGUGGCUCAGAGUUUCUACAGCCGGCCAAAGAACGUCCAGAAACGUCUGCGGUUCUUGCAAGGAGACUUGUGAUUAGUGCCCUGGGAGUGCGAAGUACCCAGACCAAAGCAGAGAGGGAGGCUGAACGAAAGAAGCUACAGGAAGCUAGAGGUGAGAGGAAGCAAUUAUAUUUUGCAACGGUUUCUGUUUUUUCAGUAAUCAUUGUUAACUGCUUUUUGCUGUAGAGCUAUAAAGAGGUUUUUUUUUUAUUUAUUUUUAUUUCUAGUGUGAUCAUAAUUAUCAUUGAGCAAGGGACACUUGCCCUAUUUACAACAAGGUCUUGCCUACAAGCCAAAAAAGUUAAUUUUUCAUUGUACUUCUCUGUUAAUUACAGUAUACCCAAUAUGGCCAAAUGGACAGAAUUGUGCAACUUGUUUAAAGAAUCCCUCUAUCUACCAUGACGACUAAAUGUUUGUAGUUUUAUUAUAGUUGUAUUUUUCAUUAUGUAUUUCACCCAUCAUCUCUAGCUUAUUUUUUUUACUAAUAAAAGGACACUAAUUAUAAUGCAGCUGGCUGCGCUUAGCUUCCUACAUUGGCCGAAGUACAGCUACACCCUUUUCAAACUAACAGCAAAGCCGUAUUCUGGAAUUUCAGUGGCAUGCUUGUGAAGGAGGUGUGUGCUGCUUUGUCAAGGUUCUGUGCCCCUAAUGACCGAGGGCAUUGAGGUAUGACCUAAUAACCUCAAUCAUUAAUGAACCUAAGUUCUUUACAGGCACGUUAUUGGUGUAGUGCUAUGGCGCACCAUUUUAUGGCACACCCUAUACAACCUGCACUGUAUAAACAUUCACAAGGUCAGCAUUUUUCAUGUUAUUUAGAAUUAGUGUUUGCUCUAAAGUUCCUUGGGCUCAGGGCUAGAACCUCGAUGGGUUAGAGAGGUGACCAUGAAAUUAUUUAACAGGACAAUAACCCCUCAUUUUUGUGCUAUUAUUUUAAAUAAGGUAUCUCUCUUUGAUUGUUACAUUUAGAAAAGCAGUCUGUAUAAGAGUGCCAUAUCAUACCUGUUAAUAAAAACAAAUCCCUCUAUAUUGUUAUGUCUGGUUAAUCAUUUUGUAGUUUUAAAAGGGAUACUAUAGUUACCAGCAUCACUAAAAAGGGAUACUAUAGUUACCAGCAUCACUACAACUUAAUGUAAUGGUUCUGGAGCAUAGAGUCUAUCCCUGCAGUCUGAGCAGUGUCUGCAAAAAGGCAGGGCUUACACUGCUCCAAAACGCUAUCUGUAGUGGCUAUCACUUGGGCAGCCACUAGAGGCACUUCCUGCAUUCAGGUUUUCAAGACUGCCAUUUAGCGUCUCAGUGCAUCUCUGUGAGGAAAUGCAAUUGGCUGCGCAUGCUCACUCGCCUCCAAAUCCUUCCCUAUGAUGAAGCAUUGGAUUGGCUGAAAUCGUAAAGACUGGUCUCAGCCAGGGGGGCAGUGGAGAGACCGGCGGGGGGAGGGAGUAAGUUGAGUAAAACUACCUUUUAUUAAUUCUGUGGGCCCUGAAUCUAAAUAGGUAGAUUUCAUGUCUGUAUUCCUACUUCUCUAUUUUACCUUUAAAUAUCCUGUUAACCCCUUAAGGACCAAACUUCUGGAAUAAAAGGGAAUCAUGACAUGUCACACAUGUCAUGUGUCCUUUAGGGGUUAAGGAGGUGUUAUACGUUUAAGCAAUCACUCAACAUGCAAACUGUAUUUUUUUCUUUCUUUAAGUGGAAGUGUAAAUGCCACAUAAGUGUUUGUUUUUAGUUUCCUUGAGACAAAGCACUUUGUGUUCUGGGUGAAAUCUGAAACCCAUUUGGCUUUUACGUAGCAGCUAAGCUUGUUAAUGCAAUUUUGCUGCCUCUGACAUUUUCCACUGAACUUUUUAUAUUUGUCCUUUUAAACUACAGAAACAUUUACACCAGUGUGCAAUAUAUAUAUGUAUGUAUGUAUGUAUAUAUGUGUGUGUGUGUGUGUGUGUGUAUAUAUAUAUAUAUCAAUCAAAUCCACCCUUCCUCUUCUGUCUUCUUUAACUUGCACCAAAAGCUGCCACAAGAUGGAGCUCUCAGAACCCAACAUGUUUAUUUAAAUAGAGCAUAACCCGCAGUGGUUUGAAGUAUGGUUUUGGCACGGUACUGAAAUGGGUUAUGUGAUCAAAUUCAGGUACAUGUCUGCAGAGCUACAAACUUCAUACAUUGUAACUGGCAUUACAGUAGAAUCUAAUUUUAUCCUCCCUUAAAAUGAUUGUUUAGAAUUUCAGUGAAAUUUAUUUUUCUUUAUCCUAAAGUAAAGUGCAAAGAAUGAUGUACACAUAUAAUUUUUUAUUUUUUUUUAUACUUGGUGAAUUUUAACUACAGAUCUGCUUUUUCUUAGAAUUUAGUUUUUGUUACUCUGUAAUCAGUAUUAAUUUAACAGUAGUCAGUCAAGUUAUUCUUUGAGCCAUUUCUGUACAUGGUUAAAAGCGAAAUGCCCUUCCGAGCAAACGCUGUAAAAAGUGAGUUUUCUGGAUAUUUAAAUCUGGGACAAAAAAAAUACAGUUUAAAUAACAAUUCAGGCACUCCGGGAAAACAAAAAUAGCAGCUUUAUUGGGACAAGAACCACAAUGUUUCGACCCUACCUGGUCUUUAUCAAGCUUGAUUAAAAACCCGAUAGGGUCGAAACGUUGCCGUUUUUGCCCCAAUAAAUCUGGUAUUUUUGUUAUCCCAGAGUGCCUGAACCGUUAUUUAUUCUGCAUAUCUUGAAAGGGAGGCCUGGCCAGCCCUUGCUUCAGAGCACCUGGGUUACUUGGUGAAUGUGGUAUCCAGUAAGUCUCUACUAAAAAAAAAAAAAUACAAUUGGCAUCAGCCUGUUGAAAUGUAACCAUUUAUUCUUCUGAAAAAUAUCCCUCUGAUGAGCAGCUUAAUUGGUGUUCUCAAUAUCAUUCCGACAGCAAGAAAGCAACAGGAACGGCAGGUGCUGCUGAGAUGAGAAUAAAAUCUUUCAAACCUUCUAUUUUCUUUGUAGAGAGAAGGCAUUUGGAAGCAAAGCAGCGUGAAGAUGCUUGGGAGGGAAGGUGAUGACACUGAUGUUUGAACACAGCAAGAAGAAUGACAUGUAUCUGUAAUAUCUAUAACAGAGAGCAUCCUAACAAGCAUAAAAGUUUUUUUGUUUGGUAGAGAUACAGUGUUUGACUUACUCUUAAAUCAUUUGUUUAGCUGUGUAGGACGAAAGGGUUUGCCUUACAUCGGAGACUUUUUUUUUUUAAAGUGUGUAUGAAAUACCUGAUAACAAGUAGAGACUGGAAGAAAGUGACGAAUUUACAAUUUUUAAUCCAAAUUAGCUUUUCUCUGUUAAGUGUUUUUAAUAUUGAUAAAAACUGUAAGAGUGUGAGUUUUUCUCAUUUUUGCAACAUAUUUUGAGUUGUCAAAUAUUUAUCGUACAUCCAGGCCUAAAUAAGUAUUCAAGAAUGUAUGAAUAUUUACCUGCAGGAAGUAGUGAAACUGCAUAUCUGCAAAAUAUCCUUCUCUUUCCUGUUUGUUAAAUGAGAUUUUCUCUAAGUGCCUCGUUCUAAAGUUGAUAUGUUGGGUGUCACAGUGUUUUCCCAAAGUUUCGAUAGUCACUAACAAACGAUUGUCUGUAGAGGGCAAUGGGAGAUGAAUCACUGUUAGUUUGAAUGUAAACCAAGCUAAGCUAAAUCUCAUCCAUAGAUUGUUUGGCAAUGGCUCUUGAAUUGGGCACUACACAGCCCUAAUUAUGACCCUCGUUCAAUAUUUUUGGAUAAGCUUUUAAAAUGAUUUCAUAUUUUUGAACACUUUGUGCACCAAACUUCUUCAUUGGUGCUUGGUGCCGGCUUGCCUUUAGGGAAUAAACCGUUAAUGAAUGAUUUAACCCCAAAGUCCAGUAUGCAGCGGCCAAUCUGUUUGUCUCUUCCUCUCUGCUGCUGAGAAGCCCUGGCCAGGGUCUCGGGCCGAGUAGCUCCCCAUUUACUAUAUGUGCGCAUGUGUGUGUAUAUAUGUGGGUGUGGGUGUGUGUGUGUGUGUAUAUAUAUAUAUAUAUGUAUGUAUGUGUGUGUGUAUGCAUGCAUCUCCUUUAUAAAUAUAUAUAAUUUUAAAAGCGUAUCCAAAAAUAUUAAACCGAGGCCCAUAUUAGGUAGGAAAAUGAAUAGAUGCUGUUUUUUGGUUAAUUUAACUUUUAAGUGAAAACUGUCAUCAUGAGUAUUUACAAUAAAAUAUUACCUGUUUUCUAGCCUCUUGUAUUAUACUGUAGUGUGUGUGUACCUCUUAUCAUUGCAUUCUCUGGCAGUGGUCAUUGUUAAUUCCUCUGUGAUCAGAAGCACCUCUUACUCAAUCACAGGAUGUAGGAGUGACAUAUAAAAUCCUAAUGUGCAGAAGUGGCAGACCUCUAAAACCAAAUUCGGUGCUGGUUUUAGGCAUUCAUUAAACCCAGUCCUUAACCAAUUUAGGAGUCCUUCUGACCAAAGUAGAUGUAUAUAGAUAGCUGCCCCAAUGCAGAUGCAGUAAAGACAGGUUGUAUGUAUGCAUUACAAUGUACUGCUCAUGGGCUAUAAUGCAUAGAAUUUAUUUUAAACAAUAAAUUAUGACCGUUUUCCUUUAAGUGGUUCUAAACUUUUUUUGAGAGGGACCCAAAUUAUAUACAUGGCAUUAGCUUUUCGGCCUGUUCUUUAACUGGAAAGUGAUUUUACAGACAUUCUUAAAUUGUAAUGCAAUUAACAUGGCAAUUCAUGGCUUCGUAACAGUGAUACAGAUAUUCUAGAAAGGUUUCCCACUGCGGUGUGAAAUGUCACGAUUCAAAAUUAUUUUAAAAUUGUAUAACAAAAUAUUUAAACUGGAAAAAGUUCACCUAGUUCGCUUUAUAUUAAGGUUGGCUUUCGUAUACUAAACUUUUAAAUUCACUUUGCAUUCCCAAUCCUGUUGUGUCGUAGGCCUAAUUAUUACAUUGCAGUUUUAUUACCUGCUCUGUGAUCAUGCAAUAAGUGGAGAGGUUGCAUUGAAAUAAAAUAAAUUCAUUUUCUCUAAACUGGAUAGUUUCGUAUUAAGAUGGGGAUUGUCUAGACGGACUAAAUUGUUUGUUUUUCAUUUUUUAUACUGUUUGUCAGCUCUGGGACCGGACAUUUUUAGUUACACAUUAAUUAACAAAUCACGCCAUUAAUAUAAUUAAGGGGGGUUUUGUCUAAAACAAGCUGUAAAAUAAGGCACCAAAUAUGUUUAACCGAUAUUUCAUUAAAAAUCAUAAGCACACUUCUGUCAAAAGUCACUGAAGUCCAAUAAUUUUAUAUCAUAUGUUUAAUUAUCGUACUAGGUUGCAAUUGAUUAUGCUGUACUGGUAAGGAAUAAAACUAAAAUUGAGCAGAAAGGGACUCACUUUAUACUCUGCCCAACUGAUGGUAAUUGGGAGAUCAAUAAAUACAGUUAGUAGUGGGAUGUUGGGUACUGAGAUGAAAACUUUUCAGGAUAGGAUCAGAGAUUUAACUAGGUCAUAGCAUUGAAGGUUGUGAUGAAGAUAAAUAGGGUUAGAAACUAAAAAAAAAGCUUAGGUUUUUAGUUAGAGUAGAAGCUAGGGUUAGAGGUUAGGGCGAAAGUUGACAUGCUCUGGAAAGCCUAAGAUCCCAGAAAAUGAACCAUAGGAACUCCAAAUUGCCCUAAGCUCUUAAAUCAGGAAUUAUUUUUUUUCUGUUGAUUAUGAUCGUUGCUAUCCAAAGAAUUCAAAAACUAGUCAUUUAUAUAAUGAAAUUGCAAUAUGCCAAAAUCCAACUCCUGUAUAGUCACAUGUCGAAUAUUUUUGUCAAAUUAUCAGUUUGAUUUUUGGUUCAUCUCAGCAGUCUGAUUUUAGCAUUUAGUUUACUCAUAUAACUAAGGUAACUUUUUUUAGUUUAGUUUUUAUGGUUUUUGUUUUGUUUUUUAUAUUUGCUUGUAACAUUUGCAUGUACAGUGUAAAUAAUGACCCAUGGAUACAUCUAUUUUAUAUUCUGUGAAAAUAUCAUCAAAUGAUUCCUUGGCCUGUAGUGAAAUGCUCACAUAUAAACAUAACAGAUAAAACAAUUGAAUAUUGCUACAGUCUGUGGAUUAGAAUUAAAAACUGCAAUAAUUUCACGCGGGUAUAAUGUCAUGCUGUACCACAUAUACGUUUGACACACAAUGUGAGACCAGAGGGUGAAAUACAGGUAAUACAAUUAACGAAUAAUAGUCUUAAAAUAUAGCAAAAUCUGCGUAUAAAGUGGAAGCCUGAUUGACACAUCCAGAAAUCUUGGUACGUGGACUGCCAGUGGGCACAUUUUACCCAUGGGGCUUGCAUUUGGUGACUAUAUGAAGCACACUGUUUUUAUGUUUAUUUUAGAGGAUGGGAAGACCCCUUGCAGUUAUGUACAACUGCUUCAUAAGUUAGAGAAAAGACAGAUUUUUGUGUAUUUUAAUCCUUUGCCUUUGAAGUGUUUGAGUGAUAAAGUCUUUAGUAAGCUUGUAGACCUACAAGAUGUCUCAGUAAUAUAUAUGGGGUUUAUUUAUUAAACCAGGAAUUGUAGAGAAUUGGAAUGGAAAUUGCAAAUUUAAUACAGCUUAGCUGAAUAAUUGCUCAGUUUAAGAAUUUAAAGUCUCUCGUGGCUUUCGGAAUAGACAAUGGACGUAGCAUAAAUGCUUAGGUCUCCACAAUGCUGGCUCUUUCAUCAUUAAUUCAACAUUUCACCUGCCAUAAUGGUUAUGUAUUGAUAAGUAAUUCAACUAUAUUCUUCUUGUCAUAACAAAUGAUAUUGAUUCUCUCAGGCUGUGAAAACCAAGCAGAAUUUUGUAAACUGAUAUGAAAUGUGUGGGUGUUUAUUAUUUUUAUAGGAUUAACUUUUUUUUUUCUUUUUUUUUUGUGUAAAGUUUUACAUUUGUUAUUCGUUUCAAUAAACAUUGUUCCUUUGUUUGUCUCAUUCUGUUUUCAUUCGUUUGGGGUUUUAUAAUUACAUUAAGGAUUCUCUAUACAUUAUUUUAAUUCCUUCACUGCCAGGUUAUUUGCAAAAGAAAAUGACCACUAGGAUGUUUUUUUAUUUCUUUGUGUUUUUGUUUAAUAUUUUGAAAAGUAACAUGUAAAAGUUUUGUUUUUGUGUUUUGUUCAAAAUGAAU